AUGCCGCUCUGUCUCACCUUCAUCGACUUGAAAAAGGCCUUCGACUCAGUUGAGAUGGAAGAGGUCGUGGAAGCCUUGGACAACCAAGGCGUCCCUACUCAGUACAUAAAGCAUCAGCCAAGCGGAACGAAUGCUGACCGAAUUCGACGAAACAUGUGGAUGCAUCGGUCUUCAGCUGAAUCUACAAAAGACGAUGUUCAUGCGGAACGGAUGGGUCUCGGAUGCUCCAUUCACGCUCAACGGAACGAAUAUAUCCGAAUGCACCAGCUACGUUUAUCUGGAUCGGGAACUGAAAUGAUGAACGACCUGACCCCCGAGCUGGGCAGGAGGAGACGAGUGGCUUGGGGAGCGUACAAGAGCAUCGAGGAUGUAGUGAAGAAGACCAGGAACACCCGGCUCCGUGCUCACCUCUUCAACACCACCGUACUUCCUGCUUUGACCUGUGCUUCAGAAACGUGGGCAUUUCGCAAGCGGGAAGAAAACGCGGUGAGCGUCAUUGAAGGCGCAAUUGAGAGAGUGAUGCUAGGAGUAUCCCGUUUCACGCAAGUGAGUGACGGGAUUCGAAGUCCUCUCCUACGUCAACGACCGAAGAUUAGAGACGCCGCCGCGUUUGCCAAGGAAAGUAAAAUAAGCGCACUACAGGAAGACCGCCGACCCGAUGAUCAGAUUUCUUCACGAAGUCCUUCAAAGAAAAGUAUGAUGAUCUUCGUGUCCCAUGCGAAAGGAGGAACCACUGGGCGAUUGGGACAAAUGGAAGAAUUACUGGCGCCCGCUCGACCAGUUCGAAGAUCAACGGGAGUCAAGGUGAUCAAGGUGAUCAAGCACGAUCAUUCUAUAUCAAUUCCUCGAUUAAUGCAAAACUUUCGCCGUACCCGCCAUUUAUAA